CCCCCAAAAAAAUAAAAAUAAAAACUUCUCACAGUGAAAAUCAUCAAGAGAGAGAGAGAGAGAGAUGGGUUGUGUUUCUUCGAAACUAGGCAAGAAGAAACUGAUAAGAGAGAUUAGAGUCAACAAUGGCGGCGAUCACAUUGUCUCUCUUACUUCAACUACUUAUGGUCAUCUCGAUAUCGAAGAACGAGCAGAGACUUCUCCUCCUCCUCCUCCUAAGUUACUACAGGAACUCACGAAAGGAGAAGUCUUUGAUGAAUCUGUGAUCAAACCAAGGAGAUCUGUAAAGAGAGAUGAUCCGGAGAUUAUCAACACUUGGGAACUUAUGGAAGAUCUUGAAGAUUCAAUGCACGUUUCUACUAAUAAUCCACAGAAGUUGAUUAGUCCCAAAUCUCGUAGCAUUUUCGGGAAAUCAUGGAAGACUCCGGUGAAGUCUACUAACAAUAGUGUUGAGUCUCCGAAGAGAGGGAGUAGUAAGAGAUUUGGUGGUAAAGAGAACAACAACAGAGGAGGGAAUAAUAAUAAUAACAACAACUCGAGAGGUGUGAGUCCGAGUCAGAUUCUGAAGCCGAAGAACAUUCUUCUCGAAACUCCCAAGAGAGGCGUCAUGCGUUUGAGUUUCCCUUUGAAAUCUGAAGAGCCUUCGUUGGUGAUUGCUCAGACUCAGAGGAGGAAGAGUUAUAGUCCAAUGUUCGAUCCAGAUCUCGUGGCUUCUUACGAGAGAGAGUUGUCUCAAGAGCAAGAGCAGAUCAAGAUGGUGAUCUCUCCGGUGGUCCAAGAGGGGAGAAAAACAGAGAGAAUCCUUGAGAAUUUCCCGGUGAAAUGUCCACCGGGAGGAGAGAACUCGGUGGUUAUAUACAUUACAACUCUCAGAGGGAUAAGGAAGACGUUUGAGGAUUGCAAUGUGGUGAGAUCGAUACUAGAUUCUCACGAAGUUAGAUUCUCGGAGAGGGACGUGUCGAUGCACUCGGUGUUUAAGGAAGAGAUCAGGGGACUCGUGGGAGCGAAACAGGUGAAGAUACCAGCUGUGUUCGUGAAAGGGAGGAUGGUAGGAAGUGUUGAGGAAGUGAUGAAGUUAGAGGAAGAGGGCAAAUUAGGGAUUUUACUCGAAGGUAUCCCGGCGGCGAGGCUAGGAGGAGGUUGCUGCCGUGGAUGCGGAGGUAUGAGGUUUGUGAUGUGUGUGGUUUGCAAUGGUAGUUGCAAAGUUAUGGAGAAAGACAAGAAGAGUAUGGUUAAGUGUUUGGAGUGUAAUGAGAAUGGUUUGGUUUUAUGUCCAAUUUGCUCUUAAUAAUUAUGGUUUGGUUUGGCCCUAAUUUUAUUUGGUUAAAUUGGGGAGAAAUUUGGAAGAGGGUUGACUUUAGUUUUUGGACUCUGACUUUGGAUUUGAAGUGUUGAUUUUGGUUUUGUAGUAAUGAUUUGGUGAGGGAGUUUCUCUGAAGCCGUGUUUAGGGCUCUUGGUGGUGUGUGCUAGUUUAAUGGAGUUUGUUCCUAAUGUUUUUGUAGUCCUUUUUUUUUCUUUUUCUUUUAAGAUUCAAUUCAAUUUGUACAAUCAAUUUAAAUAUCGCUUUGUUCAGUACUUUCUUUAAUGAGAUAAUUUUGAUGAACCACA